AUGGCUCAUAACAGACUAACCAAUGUCACAGGGGCAAUGAAGAUAUUGAUGCAUUGCAAAAGUCUCGUAUUCCUGUCAUUUGCAUACAGUUUUCUGCGUGAGGAAAUGCCAUCUGAUGAUGGCAUGGUUGAAUUUUUCGGUUUCCAACAUCUUCGAGUUUUGGAUUUGAGUUAUUGUGAGCUCACUGGUCCAAUACCUGUAUGGUUAUCUAAGCUCAAGAAGCUACAGAUCUUGAAUCUGAUUCAUAAUAGGAUCACAGGGUCAGUUCCUAGUUGGUUGGCCACUCUUCCAAGCCUCUUUUAUAUAAACUUGUCAGUCAACCUAAUUUCAGGUGAAUUUCCAAAGGAACUUUGCAGCCUUCCCAUGUUGGUGUCCGGACAACCUGCAGGUCAAGUAGAUCAUGAGUAUCUUGAAUUCCCUAUAUUAGUGCAAUCCCAGCUUCGUGCAGAAAGCUUAGAGUAUAAUUCUUUGUCUUAUACACAAUCGUUACAGUACAACUAUGUCUCUUACUUUCCACCAUCCAUAUACCUACACAAUAAUAGCAUCAACGGAAACAUACCGAAAGAGAUUGGCCAAUUGAAGCUUCUCCAUGUGUUGGAUCUUGGUGUCAACAACUUCUCCAGCAGCAUUCCAGACCAAAUAUCUAACCUCAAAAAGUUGGAGACGUUAGAUGUCUCCAUGAAUCAUUUGUAUGGAAACAUCCCAGCGUCAUUGACGAGCCUCAAUUUCUCGAAAGAUUUUAACUGCUCAUACAAUAAUCUGGAAGGGCCAAUACCAAGAAGCACUCAGCUCCAAAGCUUCAAUGCCUCUGCAUUUGAGGGGAAUCCGAAACUUUGCGGUGCCCCACUUCCAAAUGAAUGCAGACCAAUUAAUGAUGUUGGCACAGAUAAUAAGAACAAUCAAGAUGAGCAUAAUGGGCAUAAUAUUCCAUGGUUUCAUAUUUUCGUUGUGUCUGGGUUCAUUGUAGGAUUUUGGGGGAGUGUUUGGUACUUUAAUGCUUAA